UUCUUAUGCGCCAUGUGAUUGUAUCUCUGUCUAUAUUCCACUCUUCCUCUCUUCCUUUCUUUCUCUCUUUCUUUCUCCUCGACAGAGGUUCUGUUUGUAUUUCAUCAUAGCCGGAGCCUCUUGCCGAAAAAGUGCACGUUCUUUGAUUUGUUGUUGUCGUGCUCAAAGCGAGCUCAGUGGCAAAAGCAGUAGCCGUUCAUACGAGAAAUGUAAACGAGCGAAAGAAGGAGAGAAAGCGUGUGUGAGAGAGAUAGACACUGAUUGAGUGCGAUAUGAUUUUAUGUUGUUGCUUUAAGGGUAUAAACAUCCGAGUGCCGCUAUAAUUAUUUACAUAUUUCUGCACCAAUACUUCGACGCAUUGUUCGAAAUUUUGUUAGCGUCACUUUGACACUUGUUGAAGAGCGGCAUUUUUUUUGUUAUUGAACCGAUUGACAUUUGUGCCGGCUUUUACCUCACUCACAUCGAAUUGGUUUCACAGUUUUUGAUGCAAAAAGGUUUGCUGCAACAUUGCUAUUGAUGGCCGAAACAUCAAUCUCCGCGUAAAUCCACAAUAUCACGAUCAGAAGAACACAACACAACAUAAGAAUCAUGAAUAUUCCGGUUCGGAAAUCCACAGCCGCUCCAUUGAAGAGAAAAAAUGCCGAUGAAGGAGAACAAAAUCGCAAGCACAGUCAUAAUGAAUGGCCAAAAGUCACGACAAGUCAUAAUCGACCAGAUGUUGCGAUGAGUAAAAACUUGCACAUGACCGUCAAGAAGUAUGCGUUUGUCAUCGAUAGCGAACGGUACAAAUGUGGUGUUAUUGGUUGUGACCAUUGUUUUCCAACUUCAUCUGAUUUGGAUCGUCAUAUCGCGAGUGUGCAUCCAAGUGACGGGUAUGUCCAACGUUACCGGUGCCCACAUUGCAAUGAACAAACCCAACCGAUGGACGACGAUCGAACAAAACCUCGACGAAGCGAUAUAAUUCGUCACGUGGAAUUGCAUGGAUGCAAUGUGUUUUGUUGUUUUGGAUGCAUAAAAGUGUUUCCAAUUGAAGUCGAUAUGCAUCGUCAUCUAACUCGCUGUCAUUUGACGCAGAAUUUCAAAUAUAGUCACCAACAGUUGGAUUGUAAUGGACAAAUGUUAAAAACGGAUGACAUUACCCUGGUAUUUCGGUGCAAAAUGUGCUAUUCAUUCACCUCGAACAUUGCACAGGCGAUGGAACAUUUCAAGAUUUUUCACAAUAGUGCAACCGUGGAUUUUAUCGUGAUUCAAAGCAGCCAGAGAACAACUCCUAAACAAAAGAUUGGAACUUCUAUUCCACCAAUUCCAGCAUUUGAGAUGCAACAACAAUUGAUUUGUGCCAUAUGUAACUCAACAUUUGGCAAAAAAGAAAACCUUGUUGCUCAUCAUCAACAACGGCACGAGCUGGAACCGAUUGCUAUUCGAUUCGGUUCAUUAUUCUUGAAAAACAUAAAAUCAGUCGACUGCAAAGACAUGACGAAAAUGAACGCAUCAUUUGAUCGUCAAAUCCUGUACACUUGUGCCCAUAGCCAUGCCACGAUCAAAUAUUUUAGCGAAGUUGAAUGUGUUUUGGCGCAUUGGUCGAAUACACAUGAAACAGAUGAUCAAUUACCAUUUCGAUUCCAAGCGCUACCUUUGGUUUCAUGCAAAUAUUGCCCGGUUUUAAGCACAUUCCGUGAUCUUCGGAAGCAUCAUGCAAAAAAUCACCCGAAAGAAAGAUUUAUUGCUGUUAACCCUGCCGAUAAUAAUCAGUGCAGUGUUUGCAACUUCAUUGGUGACAACAUUGUCGAUCAUUUUCGUUCGGAGCAUUCAUUGAUUCAGCAGGACAAUGUCGUCAAUCCGGUGUGUCUGAACGAUGCCACUAUCGAAAAGUUGCGCCAAAUUAACGUUCGAAAAAAAUGUGACCAGUGCUUCGACAUCCACGAAACGGAGAAUGAUAUGAAAAAUCAUUAUUUGCGCGAACACAAAACGACCAACUUUGAACGCAUCGAAUGUGAUGACAAUCACAGCGUUCAAUUAAUCACCGGUUGCUGCCGUUUGGAGGUCAAUCAACCCAUUUUCUUUGAACAUUUUGCUCAUCAUGAACAGCAUUUUUGCUGCAACAAAUGCCCAUUUUAUACUGAUGAUCCGAGUCGGCUGGUGGAUCAUAGCGUUGAAAUCCAUGAAACACACUGCCAACCCAAAAAACUCGAAAUAAAAAAUUUGCAAUCAUGGUUUUGGAAUAGUGAACACAUAUUUAGCAACGGACUUACUUUGAACUCAUACAACUUGAUUGGAACAGCCAUUGAUGACAGCCAACGAUUUAAAGAAUUUUUUCGAAUGAAGUAAUUCAUUGUUAAGUUAAAGUUUAUUUAGUUGGAAAAUAUUUAGAAAAAAAUGAAAAUGUAGACAUUUUACUCUUUCGCAUUAUUUUAUUCAGUUUAUUUUUUUAUGUACUUUUAAUUGAUUUAGGUAAAAAAAAAACAUGUUUUUUUUUAAAAAAAAUACUCAAUGACAUUUUUUACCUAUAACUUUUCGGUUUUUAGAUUUUAAUACCUCCAUCGAUUAUUGAAAAGAAAUCAAUGUGCUGAAUUCAACUUCAUUCUACUAAUUUUUCAGUCAUUUAAUAAAAAAUGGACUUAAGUUGAGUAACAAAA